UAUGGCAACGUUAACUCACAACAUUCACGUUGUUCGUUGUUCUUUUCUGCUGGUUUUUGUUUGUGAUGUUAAGAAGUUAUGUUUUAGCGUCUGUUGUUGCAGUAUUUAAUUUUUGAAGUAUUAAAACUAUAAAAAUGGCUAAUAAAUACUAUUAUAAUGAUCAAAAUAUGAACUCAGAUGACGAAAUAAGUACAUCUAGUGCUGAAUCCAGCGACGACGAUUACAUUGAUGUUGAAAACGGUGAAAUAGACAAAACGUGGGCUUUAAAUGAAAAAAGGAAAUCUUGCAAAAAAAUUGUGCUAAAUCAAAAGAUUACAAACACACAUAUUAAAGUUGACAAAAAUAAGAAAAGACAUCAUAAUGCCAGUGAAAGAAUGAGACGUGAACAACUAAAAUCCUGUUUUGCUGCUUUGAAAACUGCAAUUCAUCGACCUGAUAGCUCAAACAAUGAAGCGCUGAAAUGUGUUUCAACUUCUAUUAAAGAUACCCAGUUAUUAAUUGAAAAGUGCGACGAGAAAAUUAAAGAUUAUGAACGCAAAAUAGUGUCUGUUUUAGGACAAGUUGAAGCUGGUGAAAGUGACAAAAUAAGCUUUGGAAAUAAUUAAGGAACUCAUACAAAACUUUUCUCCGUACAUGUGUUUUUAAAACUUGUAAAUAUUGCUAACUUUUAUUUUCAUAUUUUUUUCCUUCUCAUCAAAUUAUAUUUUAUCAAGCAUAUUUACUAUUAAAAAGUAAAUAUAUAUACAUACAUUUCAUAUAUACAUUGCAUUAUAGUUCAUUUUUUACAGUGUGUGUAAUAUUUUAUUAAGUAAUUGAAAAUAAUAAAAUAUGUGUUAUGAGUUUAUUGCAAUUAUUCUUAGGGUAACAAAAGCAUAAAUUAGCUCCAUUAUAACCUUUCAGUUAAUAAUGUUUAGUGUCCAAUUAACAUGAAUUUUUCAAAGGAGGAAGUGAAUUUUUAAUAUAAAUGUUCACUUCAGAAAAUAUGAACUUAAAAAAUAAAAUAUAUUUUUUAUUAGAA